UUCGGGCUGGCGGGCAAGAUGGCGGCGGCCAUGGCGCAGCGCGUCCUGGCGCUGGCGGCCGAGGAGGGCCCCGAGCGGCUCCAGGAGGCCCUGCAGGGCCUGGGGGAGGGCGAGCUGGGCGACAUGGUGACGAAGCAGGCCCUGAGGGGCAGGGAGACGGCGGCGCUGCUGAGGGGGAUCUUCAGAGGCUCCCCGUGUUCCCAGCCGAGUGGCGUUCUCAGGAGGCUGCAGGUUUACAAGCACUGUGUCCCGCUGGUGGAGUCAGGGGAUCUGCACUUGAGCAAGGCGUCCGAAAUCAUAGGGCUGCUGAUGCUGGAGGUUCGCCAGCUGCCAGGCCACGCGUUGGCUGAACUUGCCACCCUGUUUGUUGAUGUCAUUAAGGGAGGCAGCCUGUCUAACGGGAAAUCCUUGGAGCUGUUUUCCACUGUUCUUACUGCAUUGGCCAGCUCGAAGGAGAGCCUGGCUUAUGGGAAAGGUGAACUGAAUGGGGAAGAGUUUAAGAAACAGCUGAUAAAUACUCUUUGCUCCAGCAAGUGGGAUCCUCAGAGCGUAAUACAUCUUGCCAACAUGUUCAGGGAUAUUCCACUGUCAGGAGAGGAGCUGCAGUUUGUGGUGGAAAAGGUCCUUAGGAUGUUCUCCAAAUUAGACCUGCAGGAAAUUCCCCCCCUGGUCUAUCAGCUGCUGCUGCUUUCUGCUAAGGGCAGUAAGAAGACUGUUUUGGAAGGAAUCAUCAGUUUUUUCAACCAGUUGGACAAGAGACAGAAGGAAGAACAGAAGGUUCCACAAUCAAUGGACCUUGAGGUAGCCACAGUGCCCCUAGACCAGCUCCGCCACGUGGAGGGCACUGUUAUUCUCCAUAUCAUUUCUGUUAUCAACCUGGAUCAGGACCUAGGCGAGGAGUUAAUCAAACAUCUAAAGACUGAGCAACAGAAGGACCCUGGUGAAGCUCUAUGUCCCUUCAGUGUGGCUCUUUUGCUGUCGGUUGCAGUAAAACACAGACUGCAAGAGCAGAUAUUUGAUUUCUUGAAAACAUCAAUCACGAGAAGCUGCAAGGACCUGCAGUUCCUGCAGGCCUCCAAGUUUCUGCGGGACUUGUUUCCUCAACAAUACGAUAUAACAGCUGUGAUUCUGGAGGUGGUGAAAAAUAGUGCAUUUGGCUGGGACUACGUUACUCAGGGCCUGGUGGAUCUCGGCUUCAGCCUAAUGGAAUCGUAUGAACCAAAAAAGCCCUUUGGAGGGAAGGCUGCUGAGACCAAUUGUGGCCUUUCAAAAACACCAGCCCAGCAGGCUUGCAGACUGGGAGCAAGUAUCCUGCUGGAAACAUUUAAGGUCCACGAGCCCAUCAGAAGUGAUGUUCUUGAGCAGGUCCUGAACAGAGUCCUCACGAAAGCAGCAUCUCCUGUCAGCCACUUCAUAGACUUGCUGUCCAAUAUUGUUGUGUCUGCUCCUCUUGUGCUUCAGAAUUCAUCCUCCAGAGUCACAGAGACCUUUGACAAUUUAUCUUUUCUGCCCAUUGACACAGUGCAAGGGCUCCUCCGGGCAGUACAGCCCCUGCUCAAAGUCAGCAUGUCAGUGAGGGACUCCCUGAUACUGGUUCUCCAAAAAGCUAUCUUUUCCAGGCAGCUCGAUGCUCGUAAAGCUGCAGUUGCUGGCUUUUUGCUUCUGUUAAGAAAUUUUAAGAUUCUGGGCAGCUUGACUUCUUCCCAGUGCAGCCAGGCCAUUGGUGCCACUCAGGUCCAGGCAGAUGUUCAUGCCUGCUAUAAUUCUGCAGCUAACGAGGCCUUCUGCCUCGAAAUCCUGGGCAGCCUGAGGCGAUGUUUGAGCCAGCAAGCGGAUGUCCGACUCAUGUUAUAUGAGGGUUUUUAUGAUGUCCUUCGCAGGAACUCCCAGCUGGCCAGCUCUAUAAUGGAAACGCUCUUGACUCAGAUAAAACAAUAUUACUUGCCCCAGCCAGACCUCCUACCUCCACUGAAACUUGAGGGUUGUAUUAUGGCUCAAGGAGAUCAAAUCUUUCUGCAGGAACCGCUGGCCCAUCUGCUCUGCUGUAUCCAACACUGUCUAGCCUGGUAUAAGAGCACCGUGCGUUUAUGCCAAGGAGCUGAAGAUGACGAUGAGGAGGAGGAGGAGGAGGAUGUGGGAUUUGAGCAAAACUUUGAGGAGAUGCUAGAAUCUGUCACACGACGGAUGAUCAAGAGUGAGCUGGAAGACUUUGAACUGGAUAAAUCAGCAGAUUUUUCUCUGUCUUCUGGCGUUGGUGUAAAGAAUAACAUCUAUGCCAUCCAGGUGAUGGGAAUUUGUGAGGUUCUGAUUGAGUACAAUUUCAACAUAGGGAAUUUCAGUAAGAAUAAGUUUGAGGAUGUCCUAGGCCUGUUUACCUGUUACAACAAACUCUCUGAAAUCUUGAGGGAGAAAGCCGGAAAGAACAAAUCCGCCUUGGGCAACAAAACUGCACGGAGCUUCCUGUCCAUGGGUUUCGUAUCUACUCUGCUCACAGCUCUGUUCAGGGACAAUGCCCAAAGCCACGAGGAGAGCCUGGCGGUUCUGCGCUCCAACACAGAGUUCUUGCGCUAUGCUGUCAGUGUAGCCCUGCAGAAGGUGCAGCAGCUGGAGGAGACAGGACAAACCGAUGGACCGGACGGACAAAAUCCUGAGAAGAUGUUUCAGAACCUCUGCAAAAUCACACGGGUUCUGCUUUGGAGGUACACUUCAAUUCCCACUGUUGUUGAAGAGUCUGGGAAGAAGAAAGGCAAAAGCAUUUCCCUGCUGUGCUUGGAAGGUUGUCUGCGGAUCUUCAACACAGUGCAGCAGCUGUACGCUGCAAGGAUCCCCCAGUUUCUACAAGCCCUGGAUAUUACUGAUGGUGACGCAGAAGAAGCGGAUAUUAAUGUCACGGAGAAAGCUGCCUUCCAGAUCCGACAGUUUCAGAGGUCUCUGGUGAACCAGUUCAGCGGUGCUGAAGAUGACUUCAACUCCAAGGAAACGCAGUUACUUGUCACCGUUCUCUCCACUUUGUCCAAACUCCUGGACCCAACGUCUCAGCAGUUCCUUCAGUUCCUGACAUGGACAGUCAAAAUUUGCAAAGAAAAUGCUCUAGAGGACAUCUCUUGCUGUAAGGGUUUGCUGACUCUCCUUUUCAGUCUCCAUGUUCUGUACAAGAGUCCUGUCAGUCUGCUGCGUGAACUUGCACAAGAUAUCCAUGCUUGCCUGGGAGACAUAGAUCAGGACAUAGAAGUCGAGAGUCGGUCCCAUUUUGCCAUAGUGAAUGCCAAGACUGCAGCCCCUACUGUCUGUCUGCUGGUUCUGGGUCAGGCAGAUAAGGUCCUUGAAGAGGUGGAUUGGCUUAUCAAGAAACUCACCAGUCUGGGAUCAGACACAUCAGACUCUUCUCAGGCAUCAAACCAAACCCAGGCUCUGGAGAAAGGCAUAAUUCUGCAGCUGGGAACUCUGCUGACGGUUUUUCACGAGCUGGUGCAGACAGCACUUCCUGCAGGGAGCUGUGUGGACACGCUGCUGAGAAGCCUCAGCAAGACCUACACAAUCCUCACCUCCCUCAUCAAACAUUAUAUUCAAGCUUGCCGCAGCACCUCGAAUACGAUUCCAGGAAGGCUAGAAAAGCUGGUGAAGCUCUCGGGUUCCCAUUUGACCCCACAGUGUUACUCAUUCAUUACUUAUGUACAGAACAUUCAUAGUGAGAGCUUAAGCUUUGUAGAAGAGAAGAAGAAGAAGAAGAAGAAGGAAGAUGAAGCUGCUGCAGUCUCCACAGUCAUGGCUAAGGUGCUUCGGGAUACCAAGCCAAUCCCCAACCUGAUUUUUGCAAUAGAGCAAUAUGAGAAGUUCCUUAUCCAUCUCUCCAAGAAAUCAAAGGUGAACUUGAUGCAAUAUAUGAAGCUAAGUACCUCCCGGGACUUCCGCAUCAACGCAUCCAUGCUAGACAGCGUGUUGCAGGAGCAUAACACAGAGGAUGCUGAAAAUGAACCGGACAACGACCAGUCCACCACAGCAGAGCAGCCAGAUGAGAACCAGGAACCCAAAAAGAAGAGACGGCGAAAAACAUAAAGGUGUGGUUGCCACUGCUGCCCCCUCCUUCUCCUACAGUGCCUGUUCUGUGGCAUUCACCUUGGUCUUGAAGAACCGUGUGUACAGAGAUAGUAGUUUGUUGUUUCUCUUGUCAAAUACUUAAGACUUCUUUCUUCAUGCCCAGGGAUGUGCAAACAGUGACUCUUGUCAAGCGUCGCAGGUAUUAAAGCUGGCUGCUGCCCUCAGAAAUGCCUCUGCCAUUCAAACAUGCUGCUACCACAGUUCUUUUCUCCAGGAACAUUCCUUCUUCCAGCAAAAAGCAAGCAGCUCAACCAAGAUCAGUCCCUGACAAAAGAUGUGCUCCUGAAAGGACAGCCAGGUUCUGGCACGCUCUCUGGACAACUGUUGUUCUGGCACUCGAGCGUCAUCACUUCUUCUCCAGCGAACCUUUGGUUAUUUCAAGAAGCUGAUAUAUAUCCAGUGCUUCUCCUGGAAGACAAUGGGACAAUGAGUUCCUUGCAUUCUGCAGUACAAUUACAGACUGUACAACAUACGAAUAAGAGAGUAACAGUAAUUAUUUGCUUUUAGCUCAGAGCAUGUAGCACAGAAAGCCCUAAAUUUAUUCAAACUUCUGGUUUGUAUGGUGCUGUGAGUGCAGAAAACGGCACCAGUAGGAAGCAGCAAAGAGGGGCUGUUCUCCCUUGGAGCUGAAGCUCGCUGCUGUGUGUAGCGCCCAAGAAGCAGAGAGGUGCCAGCUUCCUCUGGAGAGCCAGCAGCAUGGGCUAUGUCACGUUUCUGCUGACCUCAAUGCACUUAUUUGCUUUGUUCUUGAUGAGAACACAAGUACCCUUUUUGCCCACGGAACCCAGAUUCUUCUUCUGAAUGCACACUUCACCUGUAAAACUCCUAAUAAAGGUUGCUUAAGGCUGAAA